AUGGCGCAAACACACACAAAACAAUGUCAAAUGGACCACAAUUACAAACUCGAAAAGAAAUAUUUGGAAAUGAAACGAUUGGUGUUAGAGAAGACGGAAGAAUUGAAACGAAGAGAUAAAAUAAUCGCAUUGCUAGAACAUGAGAUCGAUGAAAAAGAUGGAACGAUAAGAUACUUGAAAAAUGAAAUUGACAAGUUUCGACAAGUUGUAAAGCCAUUGACGAGGCAGUUGAUAGAUAAUCGAAGAAAUGGGUUGGAGAGUGAAGAAGAUUGCUUUGUGAUGAAGACACCAGGUAUCGAGAACACAAGGGUCUACCACGUUGGUGAACCCAGGUUGAAGAGGACAGCCAUCUCCGCAGAACCACUAUCUUCCUUAGCCCAAGGAUAUGAAAUGAAAUUAGUGAAAAUACCGAAAAUGCAAAAAUCCCGGGAGCUGAUCAAGAGUGCAAUACUGGACAAUGACUUCAUGAAAAAUCUUGAAAUGACACAGAUCCGCGAGAUCGUGGACUGCAUGUACCCCGUAGAAUAUGCAGCUGGCAGCCUAUCAUCAAGGAAGGAGAUGUUGGCAGUAUCGUAUAUGUUAUGGAAGAGGGUCGCGUGGAAGUGUCACGGGAGAACAAAUACCUCAGCACGAUGGCACCAGGCAAGGUGUUUGGAGAGCUGGCCAUUCUCUACAACUGCAAACGUACCGCCACCAUCAAGGCGGCCACCGAUUGCAGACUAUGGGCCAUCGAACGCCAGUGCUUCCAGACCAUCAUGAUGCGCACUGGUCUCAUCCGGCAGGCUGAAUACACUGACUUCCUCAAGAGCGUGCCGAUCUUCAAAGAUUUGCCCGAAGACACACUUAUCAAGAUAUCGGACGUAUUGGAAGAGACUCACUAUCAGAACGGUGACUACAUCAUUAGACAAGGCGCCCGUGGUGAUACUUUCUUCAUCAUCUCUAAGGGACAGGUGAAAGUCACUCAGAAACCACCAAACAGUAAUGAUGAGAAAUUUAUAAGAACUCUCACGAAAGGCGAUUUCUUCGGAGAGAAGGCAUUGCAAGGGGAUGACCUUCGCACAGCAAACAUUAUCUGUGACUCGCCGGAGGGCACGACUUGCCUCGUCAUCGACCGGGAGACCUUCAACCAACUAAUAUCGGCUCUCGACGAGAUCCGUACGAAAUACAAGGACGAAGGAGACAGCAGGCAGCGAUUAAACGAGGAAUUCGCCAAUUUGCGUCUCUCAGACUUGCGUAUAAUCGCGACGCUUGGUAUUGGAGGCUUCGGUCGAGUGGAACUGGUCCAGAUUCAGAGCGACUCCAGCAGGUCCUUCGCUUUGAAGCAGAUGAAGAAGGCCCAGAUCGUUGAAACGAGACAACAACAGCACAUCAUGUCCGAGAAGGAGAUAAUGUCAGAGAUGAAUUGCGAGUUCAUUGUGAAAUUAUACAAAACAUUCAAGGACCGCAAAUAUUUAUAUAUGCUGAUGGAGACUUGCCUUGGAGGAGAGUUGUGGACUAUUUUAAGAGAUCGAGGCCAAUUCGACGAUGCGACUACAAGAUUCUAUACUGCUUGUGUGGUUGAGGCCUUCCAUUACCUGCAUUCGAGAAAUAUUAUUUACAGGGAUCUCAAACCAGAGAAUUUACUAUUAGACUCUAAAGGAUACGUGAAACUAGUAGACUUCGGUUUCUCAAAGAAAUUGCAAGCAAGCCGCAAGACUUGGACUUUCUGCGGUACGCCGGAGUAUGUGGCCCCUGAAGUAAUCAUGAACCGAGGUCAUGAUAUUAGUGCGGAUUAUUGGUCCUUAGGUGUUCUUAUGUUUGAGCUGCUUACUGGUUCACCACCAUUCACGGGCACUGAUCCAAUGAAAACUUACAACAAGAUUCUCAAGGGUAUCGAUGCCGUGGAAUUCCCACGCUGUAUCACUAGGAAUGCCACUAACUUGAUUAAAAAGCUGUGUCGAGAUAAUCCUGCUGAACGACUUGGCUAUCAGAGAGGAGGCAUUACUGAGAUACAGAAACACAAGUGGUUCGAUGGAUUCAACUGGGAAGGCCUCGCGCAACGUUCCCUUGAGCCUCCUAUCACCCCUGUAGUGAGAUCCCCAGUCGACACCCACAACUUCGACCAAUAUCCACCAGAUGCCGAUGAACCACCACCAGAUGACCUCUCAGGAUGGGAUAGUAAUUUCUAA